GGGAGGGUAGCUGGGUCCCUGGUCCCAUCCCAGCGAUGACCAGAGUUGUGUGGGGCUCCCAGCAGUGAAGGGUCUCGCAGAGGCUGAGCACUCUCUGAAGAUCUUAGACUCAGACACAAAGCAAGGAUGCGUGAAAUCGUCCACAUUCAGAUCGGCCAGUGUGGCAACCAGAUCGGAUCCAAGUUCUGGGAGGUGAUUGGCGAGGAGCACGGGAUCGACGGGGCUGGGAGCUACCGCGGGGACUGCUCCGUGCAGCUGGAGAGGAUCAGCGUGUAUUACAACGAAGCCCACGGUAAGAAAUACGUGCCCCGAGCCGUCCUGGUGGACUUGGAACCUGGGACCAUGGACAGCAUCCGAUCCAGCAGACUGGGAGCCCUCUUCCGGCCCGACAGUUUUGUCCACGGGAACUCUGGGGCCGGCAACAACUGGGCCAAGGGCCACUACACGGAGGGGGCCGAGCUGGUGGAGGGCGUGCUGGACGCCGUGCGCAGCGAGGCCGAGGGCUGCGACUGCCUGCAGGGCUUCCAGGUGGUGCACUCGCUGGGCGGCGGCACGGGGUCCGGGAUGGGCACGCUGCUCAUGGGCAAGAUCCGCGAGGAGUACCCGGACCGCAUCCUCAACUCCUUCAGCGUCAUGCCCUCGGCCAAGGUGUCGGACACGGUGGUGGAGCCCUACAACGCCGUGCUGUCCAUCCACCAGCUCCUGCAGAACGCCGACGCCUGCUUCUGCAUCGACAACGAGGCGCUCUACGACAUCUGCUGCCGCACCCUGAGGCUGACCACGCCCACCUACGGCGACCUCAACCACCUGGUGUCGCUGACCAUGAGCGGCGUCACCACGUCGCUGCGCUUCCCCGGCCAGCUCAACGCCGACCUGCGCAAGCUGGCCGUGAACAUGGUGCCCUUCCCGCGCCUGCACUUCUUCAUGCCCGGCUUCGCGCCGCUCACCGCCCAGGGCAGCCAGCAGUACCGCGCGCUGACCGUGGCCGAGCUCACCCAGCAGAUGUUCGACGCCCGCAACACCAUGACCGCCUGCGACCCCCGCCGCGGCCGCUACCUGACCGUGGCCUGCAUCUUCCGGGGGCAGAUGUCCACCAAGGAAGUGGACGAGCAGCUGCUCACCGUGCAGACCAGGAACAGCAGCUGCUUCGUGGAGUGGAUCCCCAACAACCUCAAGGUGGCCGUGUGCGACAUCCCGCCCCGGGGGCUGAGCAUGGCGGCCACCUUCAUCGGCAACAGCACGGCCAUCCAGGAGCUGUUCGGCAGGGUGUCUGAGCACUUCUCGGCCAUGUUCAAGAGGAAGGCCUUCGUGCACUGGUACACGGGCGAGGGGAUGGACGUAAGCGAAUUUGUCGAAGCCGAAAGUGACAUCCGCGAUUUGGUGUCAGAGUACCAACAGUUUCAGGAUGCCAAAGCGGAUCUGGAGGAGAACGAGGAGGUGGCGGCGGAGGCCGAGGUGGACCCGUUGGGACAUUAACGGCGAGAGCAGCUGUGUGUGUUGGGGGGGCUGCUGCGAGGAGUCACUUAGGAUGAGCGGAUCCCCGCAGGAGCCCCAAGCCCACCGGGCACUACAGCACCGCAAACCACACACGGGGGAGCUUUGACACAGGGCAUGCACCGGGG